CAAACGAUAUUGGUCUUUCCGGAACCCAAUUGUUGGGUUGAUUGAGCUCAAAAGGGAUGGGUCGAAUGAGCAUCAGGCUUUUUGUAUUAAAAAUAAAAAGAUUUACUGCUUAUUUCUCUGCGCAAGUUACCAGGAAAGCCAGCAAUAAAGAAGAGAUGAAUCGGAGCAUAGAAUUCAUCAAAGCUUCUAAUCUUCUUGGUCCAAAGCGUCUCCCAACCGUUGCCAUAGUCGAUGUGAGAGAUGAUGAACGGAGUUCCGAUGGUCACAUAGCUGGUUCGCUGCACUUUUGUAGCGAAACAUUUAAUGUCAACAUGCCCCGCCUUGUUCAUGCUACCAAUGGAAAAGAUACCCUUGUGUUCCACUGUGCGUUUAGCCAGAUACGGGGACCAAGAUGUGCACGAACGUUUGCAGAUUAUCUUUCUCAAACGGUAGAUAAAGAUAAUGCAGGGAUAAAGAGGAUUAUGGUUUUGGAGAACGGCUAUAAUGGUUGGAAAGGAGCUGGUCAUCCUGUUUGCUACUGUACUGAGGCCUUCUGCAAGAGUUACACUGAACCUGGAAAUCAAAGCAUAGCUAAACCUUAACGAAUAUUUUGGCACUUUAAGGAACUUCCAUUUCCAGAUCUCUGUCAACAUGAGAAUGAAAUGUCAGUGAUUACAGUCUGAUGCAUGAACUUUGAACUGUCCUCAUUUGUGUAACCAAUCAUAUAUAUGCAUUCAACUUGAUCUGUUGACGUUUUCCGAGAUAUAGCCAGUGUUUAAAUGUCAAUUUUGUAACUCAGUUUUGAUUUUUC